AUCCAAAAAGACCCAAUGGAUGAUAGUGUUGUAAUGUACUGUUGUUCCUUCCUUGUCAUCCCAUGAACGGCAGUGAUAACGCAACUCUGUUUAGAACACACAAACCCAACACCUUCAUCACAACCGUCCAUCUUCAUCUCACCACCGAACACGCAUACAAUUUCGCCUUCUUCUUCUUCUUCUUCUUCUUUCUCUUUUUGUUUCCUCUUUUUCUCUAUAAACCCUUUUCUCCUUCUUUUCUUCACCAGAUCGAAACGAAAACCAAAAUGUUUCAAUCCACUAUCACCUAAACAUUAAGGUCUCUUUCUUCCCUUCAAUCACUCUUCUAUUUUAUUUUUAUUUUUUCUUCAUAAAUUCACAAUCACCAAACCCUAAUCGGUGACCAUUAACCUAAUUCCUCUUCAUUUCAACUUCAAUUCUAGUAAUUCAUCGCUGAUUAUAUGGUCAACUUUCAUCACUGGAUCUGGGAUUCUUCAUAUUUUCUAUUCAUUUAGGGUUUUCAUUUUCCCCCAAUUUUAUCGAUUUUCAUUUUUGAUUGUUCAAUUCUGUCAGCAAACAUGGUUUUGUUGGUUAAAUCUUUGUCUUUCAAACUUGGUUUUCUUUGAUUUGUAAUAAAGUUUCGAUUUUUAGUUUUUUAUUACAUUUUAUUUUUGUGUGUAAUUUUUAGUUCUUUGUAAUUUGUAAUAAAAAGGAAGCUUGAAGUUCUGUGAUGGCCGAAGAAAAUUCUGAUGCUAUGAACCUUGAUUUGAAUCUGGGUCCAGACCCGGAACCACAAACUGGGUCGUUAGGGAAUGAAGGUUUGAACUUGGAUCAUUGGAUUGAGGAGCCGCUUCAACGAAUUAGCGAAGCUGCUGCGAGGCUUAGGGGGAGACAGAGGUGGAGAUGGAGGCAACUUUCUCCUCCUUAUCCACAACAGCUUCAGAGGGUUCUACCUCAGCCGUCUUAUCAUCAAGUUCAUCAACUUGCUCCUGCACCCCAUAUUUAUAUCCCACCUGAAGCACGCAAUAUUUCAAUUGAAUUGAACAAUUUUUUGGUCAAUUCGGGGAAUGGAAUUGGAUUACAGGCUGGGGAAGGAAGUGUGGCUGCUGUGGAGAGAAUGGAGGAAGAAGAGGCGCCGCUGAAAGCUUGUGAGAAUAACAAUGGUGUUAUGGAGGAUGAGACCUUGCAGAAGAAUAAGGAUGAUGUUGAAAAGGCUGGUGGCGGUGAUGGGGACUUUUUUGAUUGUAAUAUCUGUUUGGAUUUGGCCAAGGAGCCUGUUUUGACUUGCUGUGGCCAUCUGUUUUGUUGGCAGUGCUUAUAUCGAUGGCUGCAUCUGCAUUCAGAUGCUAGGGAAUGUCCAGUUUGCAAGGGAGAGGUGACAAUUAAGAGUGUUACCCCUAUAUACGGUCGUGGAAACAGUACCCGUGUUCUUGAGGAGGAUUCCACUCUAAAAAUCCCUCCUAGGCCACAAGCAAAGCGUGUUGAGAGUCUGAGACAAACCCUUCAGAGAAAUGCAUUUGCUUUCCCUGUGGAGGAGAUGAUUCGGCGUCUUGGAAACAGAAUUGAUCUCGCUAGGGAUUUAUCUCAGCCAAAUGAACCAGAAAAUGCUCGUGGAACAGCAGAGAGAACUACCUCUUUGCUAAGUAGGUUUUUGACAUCUCGAGGCAUGCGAAGAGAGCAGAAUCCUGUGCCACCCCCGGAUGAUGCUGCGAGUUUGAAUCAGAACAAUGAUACUGGUGCUGAGUUGGGAGGGGAUACCCGCAGGGUGCAAUCCCUUUUGCUUCGAAGAUCACAAUCACAUAGAGCAACACUUUCAACUCUUUCAUCAGCACUUACUUCUGCUGAAAGGUUGGUUGAGGCAUAUUUCCGUAGCAAUCCAUUGGGCAGAAACCAAGAACAACCACCUCCUUCAGGUGAUGACAGGGAUUCCUUUUCAAGCAUUGCUGCUGUCAUAAAUUCCGAGAGCCAAGUGGACACUGCUGUAGAAAUUGAUUCCAUGGUAACCUCUUCUAGGAGGAGAACAGAUGCUUCAAGAUUGUCUGAUGUGGACAGUGGAGAUUCUCGUGCUCCAAGGCGCAGACGUCUGAACUGAUAGAAGUGUUCUAGAUCAAGUUAUUUACUAUUUUAUCAUAUCAUGUAACACAUCAUAAUAAUUUUCCAACAUCUAUAAAUAUUCCAUGGGGAAGGUCAAUGGCAAUUCAGGCUUCUUGUUUUCCUUGUCAACAAUGCAUUGCAAGUUGUACUUUCAGCAAAGUUGUUGUAGUCAGUUUAUUAUUAUAAUAUAUAACAGUGAACAAUUAUAGAUACAGGAAGCCUAGUAGUUUACUCUUUCGUUCAGCAGUCUAAAAAUAGUGAUGUGAAUGUUCAUUUGCUUACAUUCUCUGCUAAUAUUGCAUUUAAUAGUUUUCU